AUGCAAGAACCAACCUACGACUCCCAGUGUCCUAUGGCGACGACCACCGUUGCCUACCAGUAUAGAUUGGUCAACUGCCCCGGAAGGACCAUUGUUGGCAUGCUUGUCGAAUAUCCUCCGAAUGGUGCGACACCCCCUCACCGUCACGGGGGUGCUUCCGUCUCCGCCUAUGUAAUCCAUGGCUCUCUCUUGAAUAAGAUGAAUGAUGAGCCAAUGAGGAUGAUCGAGCGUGGCGGUUCCUGGUAUGAAGCGCCAGGAUGUCACCACCGGAUUAGCGCCAAUGCGAGCCAGACUGAGCCGGCGGCGUUCUUCGUGAAUUUCGUCAUCGACUCGGAGACUUUGGAGAGAGAGGGCCCAUCGGUGCUUUUGCAAUAUGACGCAGAAUAUAAGGAUAUUGUCGCGCAGAAAAUGCAGGUGUAA